UCUGUCCUGUCAGACAUGCCCCGCUCCUUCCUGGUGAAGAGUAAGAAGGCGCACAGCUACCACCUGCCCCGGAGCCCCGAGGAGGACUUCAGCCGCCUGGACUACAUUCUGGCGCACAUCUGUGCAGAAGCAGAUGAGCUCCCGAAGGAGGACACGGACAUGUGUGUGGACAGGUACGGCCCUUCCCCGUCCCCCCCGCGGGGACACGCCUCAGACUUCUCCCCCAGGUCUCCGCUGAGCUCCCCGGACUGUGAGGACUUCUGGAGGCCGCCGUCCCCCUCCGCGUCCCCGGUGGACUCGGAGAAGUCUCUGUCUCCUCUGGUGGACGACAGCCAGCCCUUCACCGUCCCGUUCCGACCAUACGCCUGGAGCAGCUACACAGGGCUGGGGCUGCAGCCCCUGGGGGAGCAGGACCUCCAUCCUAACGUGGAGGUGGACGGGGGUUCGGUGGCGAUGACCCUGUAUGGAGAUGGGAGCCCCCACCCCACCCUGCUUGCAGAGCGAGCUCUGCUGGAGGAGCCCUUCCACAACUACAGGAGGCGCGCCGCCGCUCUGCUGUUUCCAGAGGCCGGCCUGCGGGGGGGAGGGCCCGAAGUGAAGGGCCCGGUUGAGCUGCUGUGCCCCAGCCUCAUCCUGAAUGGGGCCUACAAGUGCAUCAAGUGCAGGAAGAUGUUCUCCACCCCACACGGUUUGGAGGUCCACGUGCGCAGGUCUCACAGCGGCACUCGGCCGUUCGCAUGCGACAUCUGCGGCAAAACAUUCGGCCACGCGGUGAGCUUGGAGCAGCACAAGGCCGUGCACUCCCAGGAAAGAAGCUUCGACUGUAAAAUCUGCGGGAAAAGCUUCAAGCGCUCCUCCACCCUCUCCACCCACCUGCUCAUCCACUCCGACACGAGGCCCUACCCCUGCCAGUACUGCGGCAAGAGGUUCCACCAGAAGUCCGACAUGAAGAAGCACACCUUCAUCCACACAGGCGAGAAGCCACACAAGUGCCAGGUGUGUGGGAAGGCCUUCAGCCAGAGCUCCAACCUGAUCACGCACAGCCGCAAGCACACGGGCUACAAGCCAUUCAGCUGUGACCUGUGUGGGAGGGGCUUCCAGAGGAAGGUGGACCUGAGGAGACACAAGGAGACGCAGCACGGACUCAAAUAGGACCGGGGGCAGAACCCCAACCCCCAC